GGUCCUGGGAUCAAGCCCCGCAUCGGGCUCCCUGCUCAGUGGGAAGCCUCUUCUCCCCCUGUUUCUGUUCCCUCUCUUGCUGUGUCACUCUCUGUCAAAUAAAUAAAAUCUUAAAAAAAAAUACAAAGAAGUUGGGGGAGAUAACCCUUAAUCCCAUCCAGAAGGAACCACAUUGAUAAUAUUUGGGCAGAAUUUUCUCUGAGUCUUUAGAAAUAUUUUAAAAUACUGAGCAGAUACAUUUUUUUCGGUAUCUAUUAAAUUGUCUUGUGCUUGCCACAGUAUUUGCUUAUAUUUUUCAUUGUUUUGGGCAUUUGGGUUGCCCUCAGUUUCUCAUUUACAAAGCUUUUUAGGAAAUAUUUUUAGCUUUUAUAUGUGAAAAAAAUAAACCUCUCUGUGUGUUUCCCCACUUGUGAAAUGAGAAUAAUGAUGAAUCUUUCAGGGCAGUUAUGACGAUUAAAUGUGAGGACGUGGAGUGUUCAUUGUAAUGCAUGGCACAUAAGAAAUGCUCAAUUACUAUCAGCUUUGUCACUUCUAAGCUACUAGACAUUACUUAUGUUGUCACCUGCAAUUUUUACUAUCACCUUAUAUGAUGAGAUUGUUAUUCUUACCCAGGAUAAGAAAACUGAGGUUCAAAAUUUUUGCAUAAAUGACCAGUGCACAAAGUUGGCACAUGUCUUUGUUACUUUUGUACUUUUUCCUGAAAAGACAAAUCCUUGAGUGAGGUUUGCCUUUACAGGAGAAGCAACUAUGAGGGCUAGAGAACAGCCCAAUUCCUAGCAGAGGCAGAAGCAAUGCCCACUUCAGCAAUAAAGAGCUUAAAAUUUGCUUCUCAGCUACGUGAAGAAAGUCCUAGGAAUUAAAACAUCUGCACCCCAAUGGUUAUAGCAGCAAUGUUGGACAGUAGUCAAACUAUAGAAAGAGCCUAGAUGAACAGAUGAACGGAUAAAGAAGAGGUGGUGUAUGUGUGUUUAUGUUUAUAUAAGAAUAUUACUCAGCCAUCAAAAAGAAUGAAAUCUUACCAUUUGCAAUGAUGUGGAUGGAACUAAAGGGUAUUAUCCUAAGUGAAGUAGUCAGAGGAAGGCAAAUAUCAUAAGAUUUCACUCAUAUGUGGAAUUUAAGAAACAAAACAGAUGACCAUGAGGAAAGGAAGGAAAAUAAAAUAAGAUUAAAUAAGAGAGGGAGAAAAACCAUAAGAGACUCUUAACUACAGGAACAAACUGAAGACUGCUGGAGGGGAGGUGGGUGAGGGAAUGGGGUAACUGGAUGAUGGGCAUUACAGAGGGCACUUGAUGUAAUGAGCACUGGGUGUUAUAUGCGACUGAUGAAUCACUAUACUCUACCUCUGAAACAAAAAAAAAAAAGAGAAACUAAAAGAGUUUAUUCUAAACCAAGUAACAUUUAAAGAGGACAACACAUUGGGCAAAGUUUUAAUGUCCUCAGUAUUGUGGCACUAAGCAUACAUCUCCUGCUUCCAGAUCCCAACCCUUUGUCUGGCACAUCCCUCUGUAGGAGCAAUGGUCUGGGUGGGAAACCAGACUCUCAUCUCCCACUUCAUCCUCCUGGGCCUUUUCACCCACUCGCCACUGCAUCUCUUCUUCUUUUCCAUCAUCAUGGUCAUGUUCCUGGUGGCCCUUUCUGGCAACGGGCUCAUGAUCCUCCUCAUCAACAUCGACUCCCGCCUGCACAGCCCCAUGUACUUCUUCCUCAGCUGGCUGUCACUCAUGGACCUCAUGCUCAUCUCCACCAUUGUGCCACGGAUGGCCACUGACUUCCUCCUAGGCCAUGGCUCCAUCUCCUUCACAGGCUGUGGGCUCCAGAUCCUCUUCUUCCUCACCCUCCUGGGGGAUGAAUGCUUCCUGCUGGCCUUUAUGGCCUAUGACCGCUAUGUGGCCAUCAGCAACCCAUUGAGCUACUCAGUGGUCAUGAGCCGCCGUGUCUGCUGGCUCAUGGUGGCAGGGUCCUGGCUCCUUGGCCUGGUGGAUGGACUGAUCCAGGCCAUUUUCACCCUUCGCUUCCCUUACUGUGGCUCUCAGGAGAUCGACCACUUCUUCUGUGAUGUCCCUGCCAUACUGAAGUUGGCCUGUGCUGACACCUCCCUCUAUGAGACCAUGAUCUAUGUCUGUUGCAUCUUAAUGCUGCUCCUGCCCUUCUCUGUCAUCUCCGCCUCCUACCUGUGGAUCCUGGUAGCUGUGCUCCACAUGCAUUCUGCUGAAGGUCGUCAGAAAGCCUUUGCUACCUGCUCCUCUCACAUGGCAGUGGUUUCUCUCUUUUAUGGGGCUGCCAUGAUCACCUACAUGCGGCCUCAGGCCUACCACUCCUCCAAGCAGGACAAGGUGGUCUCAGCCUUCUAUACAAUGAUCACCCCUAUGCUCAACCCACUCAUCUACAGCCUGAGGAACCAGGAAGUGGCUGGGGCUCUCAGAAAACUCCUGGGGAGGUGUCCCUGUGGUGGGCGGGCAGGUCUAGGUUGA